GGAGCGCGGGCUGGGGGAGCGAAAUUUCGAAAUUCCCCCGAAACGCUUGGCCGCUCUCUCUAUCACCUGGUGGGGAAUUCCCCUCCUCUCCGCGCCACCGCCGCCCGCUCCCACUUCGGUUCCUGCGCUCCGCCGUCUCAAAUCCCUCACCGCCCCCCCGCCUCGCCGCGCCGCCACCCACCCAGACCUCUGCCAGGGAGCGAGCGAGCGGACGGAGGACCCUUCCGCGGCGACCUCCGGCUUCAGGCUGAAGGAGUGAAAGGUAGGGUGGGCAAGGCAGAGUGAGGGAUGCAGAGUUAAGAGUAUUUGGAUGCUGCAAUGGCGCAGGCUGCUAUUGAAUCUGCUGUGAGUGGUGGCGCGUUGAUUGGGAGACCGGCAGGGGUCCUGAGGAUGAAGAGGAAGACUCCCUCGGAGCUGCGGGGAGAACAAUAUAAGAGACGCACUUCUGAAAAGAUUGCUGAUGAUCAGUUAUUUGCUUCUGCAGCAUUUGAUAGGCCAAGCAAUGGGCUUCGGAAUAUGGAGCAACAAAAAAUACCCAAAUAUAUCAACACUCGUGUUACAGAGGUGUUCCCAGUUAAAAAAUCCAGAAACGUUGGAAAGGAAAACUGUAAGGAUGCUUUACUCAAUAAUGAGAAGGUUCCCAAAUUUGCUGAUACUGUAACUACUUCACAUUCCGUGUCAUCUUCAUUCCUGCGCGGUGACUCUGUUAAGUUGGACUCUUCUAUUCCAUCACUUGUGGAGGCAGCGAAACCAAGUUUCAGGAAAGCUGAGAAAUACAGUGAAAAUGCUCUACGGAGUGUAUCCGACCUACACAUCGGUGAUGACAAGCAACCUGCCUCGAACAAAUUUGAUAUGGAAAAAGUGAUGAAAGGGUUUGGAGCUCGUGAUGCUUCUGGAGCUUCCAAUGCCCCUAACGUACAAGUUGGUGAUCUUCCUUUGAAGUCUUCAGAAGUGUGCCCUUCUAAGAUAAAAAUUCCAGGAAAAAGAGCUCCUUUGGAUCUCACUUUAAAGACUACUCUGCAGUUCGUUUCAUCAUCUUCUGUGAAGUGGUGUCACAAUUUGAGUAUUGCUGGGCCCAUCACUCAGAGUUAUCGUGGUGGGUCUCAAAAUUCACGAUGCGCAAGGCCUGGGAAGGAAUUCUUGUUCUCAAGGGCACUGCAAUCAUGGGUAUAUCCACAGUCCCUGUUACCUGCUUCCAUCAUAUCUGCUAUGCUCUCAUCAAAUGCACGAGGAGAAAAUGAGUUCCUUCUCAAGAGGUAUCAGGACUGGGAAGACUCGUUUCAGAAUCUUUACUACAUGCUCCGCAAGAAUCAAUUGAACAUCUUUUAUGUUUAUACAGCACAAUUUGUUGCUCUAUUCAUCCGUGGAAAUUGUUUGGAGAAGCAGUCCUGUAAUGCCUACUUGUCACAAUCUACACGUGGCAUACGGUCACUACUGCGAAAACAUGGUGUUCGCUUUUCUAUGCCUCUUUGCAAUGCUGAAGUGGAGCAGGUUACUGACGAUGACCUGAUGGAAUUUUCAAAAAUCCAAACACUCAAUCUGGGCCAGACACUUCAUAUAGAUGCUUUAUCUGAGGUGGACAACACUACAGAGUCACUCCUUUCGUUUACUGGCAAUAAGAGCGUUCAUGGCUUAUAUGAUGUCUUGUUGAACUACAAGUCCUUUCUGAAUUCAUUAUCCGCCACAGACGUCCCAGUGUUAUAUUCACCGGCGCCAUUUCAAAAUGGUUGCCUCCAUAUUCCAGAGGUCAUAUGCAGGGAGAUGAGGAAAGCCGAUACUGGCCUGGCCUCUACUGGUUUAGAUGAAGAACCUGGAUCAGCGUUCGCUCCUCCGCCAGGCAACAUGUGUUACAGCAUGGAAAUAAAGGAUGUGGUUAUCCCACCGUGGGUUGCCUCCGGCAUUUGUGCUGCGAUGAGCUCAGACACGGAUCGUUUUGAUUUAACAAUUGGGACAGAGCCCUCCUCCAUGGGCUUAAAUGCCGCCUUCACCUCCAUAGGCGCGAGCGGCAGCCAGUCAAAGGCUCCUUCAGAGUCCUCUCCUGAAGGGUGCGAGGCCAUUGGCAUUCCCAGCGCCGUCUUGGUCCGCUCCUUGCACUCUGCCUCGCUCCGGCGCCUCAGUUACAACCAUGGCGAAUACCUCGCGCACACAACCGUGUGAGUUGCAACGCCUCGGAGCAUAUUGCAAUGCAAGGCCGGUGCUUCUGUGCGACCACUUUGUUUGUACCAGGAUCCUGUGUAUCCUCCACGCCAGGAAGCCUGGGAUGUUCAGAGAGAAGCCAGAAGAGCCUUGUUUGAGGCGUCAUCCAACGCCUCAGCCUCUGCAGAGCACUCCAGGGAGUGGGUGUGUGGAGGGUUGUACCUUUUGAUCCUGUGCUGUGUAGUUCACAGGACAUGUACCCUUGACUGGUAACUUUAAUGGAGUUUCUGGUUAUGUAAAACGAAGGGAGAAAACAACAACAACAAAAUGGACAUUUCCUUUCUUACUACUUGGGUUAUAUUGAAUGCUCCGUCUGAACAGUUUUGUGUUGGGCUGGAGUGGGGCGUUGGUCGUCGUUUUA